GGAAGUCAGUCAGCCACACAUGAUGGGCGAUGUUCUGAGGUGCCGCUUUUGUUUUUGUGGCAGCAAUGUUUAGCAACCAUAAGCUGAAUGAGAAACAGUCGUCGGAAGUUUGCAGCAGCGGAAACAGCUGUCAGUGAUGUCCAGAUCUUAGACACAGACUGAACCCCCCCUCCCAUCAUGGAUUCCAAAAAGCCGGGGAUGCUGCGGCACCUCCGCCAGAAGAUGCUGCCACACCUCCGGCGAGGCAAGACGAGUCCAAGUAAGCAGCUUGUCCAGCUGGAGCACACCAUGGACCAUCGGAUGAGCUCCUCCGUACCUGACAUGAGGGACAUGAGGCAGGAGUGCACCCGCAUCUCCUCCAGCACGCAGCUCCAACAAUACAACACUUCCAGCUACAGCAGCCCCUCCACACCUCUUGUCAAACCUUCUAGAGGCCAGGAAGGAGGUGGGAGUGGCCUGAACAUGGGAGUAGUUGGUAGAGGAUCUGGGAGGAGUGAACACAGACUGAGUGCGCCUGCAGACUCCACAGACUGGGCUUCCUCCCAAGAGUCAUUCAGCAGUCUAUGUGAGGUGGAGAGGAGCUCUCCGGAGACAAACUACAGACCUGCCAGGGGCAUGGAGCCUGAGGAGCUGGCCCUGCCGGAGAUGAUGACUGUCUACAGCCCGGACCUUCCCUCUGUAGAGGUCUCACAGUCUGACAUGGGAAACGAGACUCUGAGUGUGUCGGAGAGCAUCAGGGAUUUUCCCAGGUCCUUCCUGCUCACCGUCAACCUGAAGGAAGGACGCAACCUGGUCAUCAGGGACCGCUGUGGUACCAGUGACCCCUAUGUGAAAUUCAAAUUGGACGGGAAAACGUUCUACAAAAGCAAAGUGGUUUAUAAAAACCUCAACCCCACAUGGAAUGAGACCUUCUCUCUGCCUGUGAAGGAUCUGAAUCAGAAACUGUACAUCAAGGUAUAUGACCGUGACCUGACCACUGAUGACUUUAUGGGCUCCGCCAGUGUCGUCCUGAGUGAUCUGGAGAUUGACAAAGUCCACGAGCUGUCCUUGCCCUUGGAUGACCCAAACAGCCUAGAGGAGGACAUGGGCAGCGUGCUGGUGGACAUGAGUCUGUCACUCAGAGGUGGAGACAGCAAAAAAAUCCAACGGUGGCCCCAAAAACGAAAACGAAGUAUUAGGUCGGGAGCUUCCUCUCAGAGCUUUCGGCUGUCGGAAACACUGAAGAAGAGCCAGUUGUGGACUUCUGUUGUGUCAGUGACUCUGGUUGAGGGUCAGGAGUUGCUGCUGGACACUCAGGGAGGUCAGCUCUUUGUUCGCUUCAGACUGGGAGAGCAGAGAUACAAAAGCAAGAAUCACUGCAAAGUGGCCAAUCCUCAGUGGAGAGAGAGAUUCACCUUUAAUCAGUUUUUGGACAGUCCAGAAAUCCUGGAGGUGGAGCUCUGGUCCAAGGAAGGACGAAGGACUGAGGAGUGUUUGGGAACGUGUGAAGUAGACCUAUCCAGGGUCCCUUUCAAUGAGAGGCAGCUGUUCACACACACCCUGGAACAGGGGAGAGGGCGCUUAGUUUUCCUCGUCACGCUGAACACAUGCAGCGGCGUCUCCAUCUCUGACCUCUGUGCUGCGCCUCUUGAUGAACCUCAGGAACGACAGAACCAGCUGGACAACUAUGGUAUAAAAAGGUCCCUGAAAAACCUGCGUGAUGUUGGUUUCCUUCAAGUCAAAGUAAUCAAGGCUUCAGAUCUGAUGGCUGCUGAUUUAAACGGCAAGAGUGACCCUUUCUGUGUGUUGGAACUGGGGAAUGACAGACUUCAGACCCAUACCAUCUAUAAGAGCCUCCACCCAGAGUGGAAUAAAGUCUUCACAUUCCCUGUCAAAGACAUUCAUGAUGUUCUGGUGGUGACUAUCUUUGAUGAGGAUGGAGACAAGGCGCCAGACUUCCUGGGAAAAGUUGGCAUUCCCCUGCUCUCGAUCCGCAGGGGACAACAGAUCUCCUUCCCACUGAAGAAAGAGGACUUAGGUGGACUGUCGAAGGGGAGCGUCACUCUGGAGCUGGAGGUUAUUUUUAACCCCGUCAGAGCAAGCAUACGAACCUUCCAGCCCAGAGAGAGAAGAUUCAUGGAGGAUAAUCCUAAAUUUUCCAAAAAGGCUCUGGCCAGGAACGUGCUGCGUGUUCAGACAUUGUACAGGGCUAUCGUGUCGACUCUGCAGUACAUCAAAAGCUGCUUCCAGUGGGAGAGUGUUCAGAGGAGCCUGCUAGCCUUCCUGGUGUUUGUCGUGACAGUGUGGUACUGGGAGUUUUACAUGCUGCCUCUCUUCGUGGUUUUGCUCAUGUUGAGGAACUACCUCCAGCUCCGCUCCGGUCGAGUCAGCCAAGACCUGGACAACAUGGAUGUGGGGGAUGAGGAUGAGGAUGAUGAUAAGGAGUCAGAGAGGAAAGGGCUGAUGGAGAAAAUCCACAUGGUACAGGAAACCAUCAUCACACUCCAAAACCUACUGGACGAGAUCGCUUCUUUUGGGGAGAGAAUUAAAAACACGUUCAACUGGUCUGUGCCGUUCCUGUCUGGACUGGCUUUCCUGGUCUUUGUCACUGCAGCAAUCCUGACAUACUACAUCCCUUUACGCUACAUAGUUUUAAUUUGGGGUAUCAAUAAAUUCACCAAGAAAUUACGGAACCCGUACAGCAUCGACAACAAUGAAGUGCUUGAUUUCCUGUCGAGGGUGCCUUCAGAUGUGCAGAAGGUUCAGUACAGUGAGGUGAGAGGAAGCAGGAAGAAGAAAAUCUAGUAAACGGGGCCUGGUGCUGCUGUUGGUGGGCUUCCUACCUAAAAACUGUUUCCAGUGGAUCUGCUGGAGGUCUGCAGAAUCCCACUUUUUGUCGGUUUCAUGGUGUGUGGUAGGUUUGAAUCUUAAUUUGCUGUGGCGAUCCACAGCUCCGCACCGCUCAUAUCGACCAGCACCUAAAGACCUGUCAACCAAAGAAGUCCAUGCUGAGGACCCUGCAGAGAUUACUGUAACACAUUUUACUAAUGUCUCUAUCUGUGCUUUUUUGAAGCAGUUUGUAAUAUUAUUUCCAAAGAUUUUAGGUGUUCUAUUGUAUGUACAGUUUAUUUUAGAUAAUCAGAAGCUGCUUUAUUUUAUAUGAUUUCCCAGGAGGUUGUGUCCUCCUGACACCAACUGAAAUAUCAGUUUGUAUUAUACUGAAUGUAUAUGUUUAGUUUGUAACAUUUGUGUGUAUAUUUUUACAUGAUUUACAUUAACAGAUAUAAUGACUUUAGUUGUAAAAUAGAUUAUUCACCGCUUGACAAAAUAACAGAAUUGUUCCUGGGAUAAAAGUAAAUUUCAUUAUGGGCGGCUUAAAAAGUAGGAGUAAUCAUACUUAUAGGCAUUUUUUUUUUAGAAAAGAGUUAUGUGUUUAAAUUCAUGGUCUUUGCGGUUUUAAAUAUUAAUGAUGCAUUUUAGGUUGCAAUCACUUUUCCAACCUUUCAUAAUAUGUCUAAAUGUUAUUAAGAUUAAGAGUUACUUUAUUAAUCCCCGUGGGGAAAUUCGGUUAUGCAUCAUAUUUCUAUAUUUCAUCCAUUAACUUUUUAAAAUGGAGAAACUGCUCUGUGCAUACGGCACUGAUUCUCCUUCAGUGGGACAAUUUGGAAUUAUUUUUACAUCCUAAGGUGAGUGGCUUUAUUUAGUUUGAGAUUUUCAUUCAUCCUACACAGAUGAUGGGCUCACUUAACUUUAUUUAUUAAUGACAAUCACAAUCAUUUCUAACAGCAAUAAAUGCACACAGCCACACAGUA